ACUGAAUGUAGCCUGUCUGUAGUAUAGUAGUCUGUGUACAGUGGACGUGGCGCUGCGUAGGGCCUGGUUAAAGUUACCGAGUUGAGCUGAAUACUGUGUUUCAGACGAUAUAAUUUCACCUAUUUUAUUUCUUCAGUCACUGAAAUGUCUUUGAAUUUGAAGCUGCUGCCGAUUGGGACAGAUCAGACAUCACUUUGCUUUGAUCAGGAUGUAUUUAUGAGGGAUGACUUUGAUGUGGAUAGUUUUGUUGCAGAAUGCAGGCAUCAUGUGCAGUUAGAAACCUUGCGAGAGGAUCUGCACAUUUAUUUUAAGACCCUCAAGAAUGCCAUGGUGGAACUUAUCAAUAAAGACUAUGCUGACUUUGUCAAUCUCUCAUCAAAUCUGGUUGGAAUGGAUAAGGCAAUUAGCAAUCUCUCAAUCCCUCUUGGUCAGCUCAGAGAAGAAGUUAUGAGUGUUCGAUGUGCAAUUGAUGAAGCUAUCCAUGAUGUUGAAGAGAAAAUGACUGCCAGGAACAGAACUCGUCAGAAGAAGGCAUGUUUGCAGAGGCUGAUGAAUAUAGUGAAGUCUGUUGAGAAGAUGGAGGGUAUUCUUAGGAUAACAGAAGAUAGCGAACCUCAGGAAGACAUAAGCAUUGAACUUACUGGCCAGCAAAUUGAAAGAGUGGCAUCAGAAUUCAACCAGCUACAGUACUAUGUCACUCAGAGCAAAGGGCUCCCUCUGGUGGAGAAAAUUAGACCUAGGAUAGCUGCUAUUACAGUGACUCUUCAGCAUAGCCUUGAGAAGUCAUUUAGGGAAGGCCUAGAAGCAGGUGAUACCAACGUCUUGCGGCAAUGUCUGAGAACGUAUGCAACCAUUGAUAAAAUGAGGGAUGCUGAGGCUCUCUUUAGACAGAUUGCUGUCAAACCAUAUUUAGAUGAGAUCAUCAGUGAGAGUUUCCUUCACAACCACCCUCAGGGUCUGAAAGGAAUGUAUUCCAGAAUCUUAGACUUCAUCCCUAAGCACUGUGACCUUAUCAGGAAGGUCACAUCACCAAGUCAAAGUGCCAGUGGCCAGGAGAUAGUAAGAGGUUAUGACUUUCCAGUCAAUGCUGCUUGGCCUGAGAUAGCCAGUAGUCUAGAGACUAGAACACCAUCCAUCUUUGCUCCAGGCAAUCCUGAUAUAUUUCACCAGAAAUUCCUAUUGACCCAAGACUUUGUGAAUGGGUUUGAGCGUCAGUGUGGCUCCCAGGCCAGCGUGCGUCGUCUCAGGUCUCAUCCAACAUACAGUGCUUUCAUGACCAAAUGGAGCCUUCCUGUAUACUUCCAAUUAAGGUUUCAAGAGAUAGCUGGUCAGUUUGAGGCAGCACUGAUGUCUCCAUUCAGCAUUGCACCAGAUGGUUCCAAGUAUCAGUUAUCUGCCAGCCAGGUAUUGUGGGAGUGUCUUCAGAGGUGUUGGCAUGACAACGUCUUCCUAACCCCUCUGUGUCAUCGAUUCUGGAAGCUGACACUUCAGCUCCUGUCAAGAUAUGCCGUCUGGGUGGAUGAGGUUUAUAACACUGAGAUCACAGAGGAAGGCAGAAAGGCAGCUGAAGAGAAAAGACAGCAGCAGGCAGCAGCCAAAAUGGAGCCCAAGGCUGAAGGGGAUGGAGGAGAACGUUCUACACCAUCACCUGUCCCGUCAGGUCCCCCUCCUGCUACUCUUUCUCAACUUGUCAAAAUGGUGGCUGAUAUUGAUAGCAUCACAGCUGGGCUUCCAGAAGUUUUCAAGGAACACAUCAAGCCAAAGCUUGUGUCAGUUAACUGCACAGAAUUCACUUCAUUAGAAGAAGCUAUGGAAGACAGUGCAUCAGCUAUGCAGACUCGUUUGGAAGCCACCAGCUUACAUGUAACCCAGGAGGUUGGUUCACUCUGUGUGAUUCAUCUCAAAGGAGCCAAUGAUAUACCUAGACUCUACAGGAGGACCAAUAGAGAGGUUCCAAGUAAACCAUCAAGCUAUGUCAGCAGCACCCUAAAGCCUCUGCAAACAUUCCUUGAAGACCACCAAGCCAUUCUGUCAAGCAGCAGGAGAAAGGAUUGGACUCUAGCUGUUAUUUCAAACAUCACAAAAGAGUAUCUAGCAAUCAGCACAGAACUCCUGACGUCAGUCAAGAAGAUGGAAGAUAGUUUGAAGAGACUCAAAGCUCUCAAGAAGACGGGUGCUACAUCAGGGACCACACCUAACCAAGGAAUGUCAGAUGACGACAAGAUCAGGUUGCAGCUAGCUCUGGAUGUUAGGUUCUAUGCUCAACAGAUUGAUUCUCUUGGUUUGGUCAGUACAGAAAUCUCAGUUUUCCAGGAACUCAGUACUUUGGUUGAAGCUACAGUGAAUCAGUCGACAUCAAGUUGAAUUGUCUUACUGCAAUAUUUACCUAUUCAAUUCUUUAUUAUGUAUUCAUGGCACAAACUUCAAUUAGAUAAGCUUGAAGCUAGAUUGAAACAUGGACGAGGUUAUGUUCAAAUUCAGUGUUUUGGAACUUUCAUUUGGAAUACAUUAUAAUGUGUCGACACCAGACAUUUGAAAAGUUCUGGAAGUGCUUGCGAUGCAUCUUCAUCCUACUAUGCUAUGCCAGGAAUGAACAUUCCUUAGCCCAUUUGGGUUUAUUUGGGCCAUUGAAAGUGAGCCAAUGGCCUAUAAUCCCAACGCUUAUUGAAUUUAGUCAUAGUCUAUGUCUGGACUAUUGUUUGUGUACGGUAAAUCAAAUGUGCCUAUAACUUGAAUAUCAACUGUUACAUUUAGCUAUCCAUUCUUGAACCACAAUAUUAGACCAUGAAACGAGAGAUGAAAGUAUGGGCCAAUGACAUUACCAAUAAGGCAAUGUGUCGAUUAUAUGGAGCAAUACAUAAGGUCUAGUGGUCAUAAAACUCAUUCUUCCUGAGGUGAUAGAUAACACCCAUCACUUUAUGGUAUUGAGUUAUGCCCGGUUGACACUUGCAUGCAUUGUGGUGCCCGCAUUACCCCGCAUUGGUGCAUACCAGUGUAGGACACUUUUUGGCACGACUUGGCCGUAUCAGUACAUGCACUGUCCCAACACGUUCACGACAUGUUUCCGCAUGCUUGCGCAUAGUUCACUCACUGUCCCGACGUGCUUUCGGCAAAUAUUCUUGACACCUUAUUCUGUGACAUAUCUAGCGCAAAUUUAAAUAUUCAAACGUUCUGGUGUUGACACCCUCUACAUUCGUUGAUUAUGACGACUUAAACCGAUCACGUGGUCUGCACUCACAAUUUUGUGCCCAUCAUUUGCAAACUAUGCAUGAAGUAUGAUUAGCUUAUGCGCAUAGUAUGCGCGACCCUGUCUUGAACUAGUCGUGAAUUGCAUGCCAUUACCCCUGGGGGUGUGCCUAUUAUUUUGAUUUCGAUGCCACACAGUGGCACAACUACGUUGAGUAUAGUCCAUGAAAACAUGUUGAAUAUUUUGGCACGCACCUAUCUGCAAGCUGGCACGCAUAGUUCGUGCAUUGGCCCGCAUGAGUGCGUGCCCAUGUGCAAACUAAGCGGGAACCACAAUGCGUGUGUCAACCGAGCUUAACCCAUGAAUAGUAGACAGUGAAUCUGUUUAAUCUAAUGUCUUUUGUACAGGGACUCCUUGGUUCCAGUGUCCUAAUUUGUGUACAUAAAAUAUCAUUGAGUCUUCUAGAAAUCUGCUUUACUUUACAUCCAUUUGACAAUGCAGAAUUUUCAUCAAAAUUCUAAAUUAUAGAAUAUAAAUGAUUUCAUAUUUUUUCUUAAAACAAGAGCAAUGUAAUGAUAAAUACAGAAUAAUACAGUAGUUAUUGAAUAAAGAUGUGUAAAUUAGGAAUUGCAGUUGUCAAUUUGCAGUAAUACUUAAUGCACAAUUUUAAUGUAAUAUAUUGAUUGGUGGUGGUGAUUUUUUUACCUGAUUGCUAAUAAAGCAUGAAUGCUUGUAAGCAAGCAACCAGAGGACCGACGGCUUAAGGUCCCCUCCGAAGGACCUGGUACUGAGGAUUAAUGCCUUACCAAAGGGCACUAGCGCACCAAGUGGGAAUCGAACCCGGGUCACCGGAAUACGAGUCCCCCGCUCUACCGACUGAGCUAUCGCGCCUCCAAUUAUAUAUCAGGAAUGCCACUUUUUAUUAAAACAUAAGUAGGAAUUCCUACCCAUUCAUCAUUAUCUUGGCUAAAGAAAACACACUUUUGUGUACUAAAGGGGUCCCAUAUAAAAUGAUUUUCCUAUUGUUUUGGUGUCAAUUCUAGGGUUCAUUCUUUGGUUAGUGGUUCAUAAAGCGGUUUGUAAGUUACACAUGACUUACCGCACCACUGUUGACCCUUUCUUGUGCUAUAUAAGAUUCUAAUUUUGUAUUCGUCUUUGUUUUGGUUGAAAUCCAAUCAUUUUAGAUAAGGUUCUCAUGGUUAAUAAGCAUUUAACUUAGUUUUUUAUUUGAUUGAAACGUUCACUCGUAUUAUGUUAGAACCAGAGAAAUUUGAAGUAUAUAUGAGGUAUCUAUUUCAUUAAGCAUACAAAAAUGGUCAGCAGUCAUGCACAAAUUAACGUAUGACCAGCUUUAUGAAAUGAACGCUAGAUAUAUACAAUUAUUAGGAUACCAAACUGAAGGAAAGUUUUAAUUUGAAAUUUGUGUAAUAUCUUAAUGUAUUGCCCCCUCCUUCAAUAAUGUCAAGUGCUAUGUAACUACAAAAUUAAAUUCAAAGUAAAGAAGUUUGCUUCUUGUGUUUUCCAUAUCGUUGCUGGGAUGUUAAAACCUCUCAAUUAAAAAAAAAUUGAGGGAGCUCAUAAGAAGCUGUAUUUAAAAAAAAUAUGGCAAUGAUAGCCACCUUGUAUUGGUGAAGUAGUCUCCUUAUUCCUGUAGUGAAAUUUUUUUAGGCCAAAAAAUGUUGCCACUUAUAUCACAACUAUAAAAUCAAGCUUUUAUUCAGCUGUCCUCCAAAUUUGUAAAUUUGAGUUACAAGGUUUUAACAGCUAGAAAGUGCUGUAUGAUUAAAUUACUUAACUGUGAAAGUAUGAAUAUUCUGCUAGGUUAUGGCAUACUUCAGAUCUAGGCUUACUGUUCAUCAUCAUCAUUUGAAAAUGUAAAAAAAUCUUGCAAUGUUUCUCUCUCCCUCUCUCUCAUAACCUCAUUCACAUCAUUUGUGAAUAAAAUAAUGUAUGUUUUGUAUUUUCUGACAACAGGAAAUCAGGUAUUUCUUGGAAAUUAUGUUGACAGAGAUAGAAUUUGUAUUGACAUUUUGCAUGCAUAAUAAAGGUUUCUUUUUUUCUGUAGGCCUAGUGUAUAUUUGCCGUAAAUGCCAAAAUAUUAAAUGGUCAUAUUAAAAUUAUUUGUAUCUACUUUAAGGCAAUACUUUUAUACUUACAGUUUAGUUAUAGAUACUCAUUGUGUAUACUAACUUUUUUGUCCAACAAUGCUGAAUUAGAGUAGUUGUGUUUAAUAUUUCAUUAUAGGUAGUGCAAUUCCUUAUUCAUUUCUUAUGGUUCUUGGCUAUGUUUUUAAAAAUUUGUUUCAGAUCAAACAUUCUCAUGGCAAUGUAAUUCUAUCAGCAUUCACACUUUGUACUUUAGAUAUUCUCAAUCAAAUUAAAACUUUGUUUAUCAUUGAUUUUUUUAUUUCGAUAAAUCUUAUUUAUAGAUAAACAUUAUUGAUUAUAAAUGUAUAUGUACAUGAAAUAAAUAUACAUCUUGUAAAAAAAACUAUAUGACAAUAAAUAUAUAAUUGAAUGAAAUCAAGAACUCUUACUACAGUACAUGCUUAUUUUUAUUCAUGGGUUUUAACCCUAAUUCUCCGGGGGGGGGGGGGGCCAUAAUGGCCCCCCUCAACAAUUUUCACGAUAUAUCUGCUGCGCAAAUUAUUUUGACCUCGCCGCUCACUGACUUUUUACUUUCAAGUCUCGCACAAAUUUUGAGACCAAAUUUGUGACGCCUGGGUACGCGGUUACGACAUUACGCAACAUUAUGUAAGUGCAUGUCAGAUCCAAAAUUGCUCAUAAAUGUGAUUUCAUGUACAAAUUAAAUGCAUAUUGUAUAUUUAGCCAAAAUUCAUAAAUGUAUCAUUAUUUCUACUUUUACUGAUUAAACUUAAUCAAUUUUGCAUUGUUUAUGAUCCGAAUUAAGUCUGGAUCGAUUUCCAUCG